AGUGGUGUAUGGUACUCGUUUGAUCACCAGUUCCAAGUUCAUCAAGCAGCACCUUGAAAUAUAAUAGCUUGAUAUGCAUAUAUUAGUUAAACUCGGUGGAUAGUUCGACACAAAUGCCAGUUGAGAUGUAUUGUUCCUGAAAGCAGAUGCUAAGCCUUCCUAGAAAAUAAUUUUUUUCCCGAAUUAGAGAAUUGGCAACUCACGUGAAUUCAGCUCUUCAUUGAUAACUGAAUUAUGUCAAAAUCCGACAUCAAUUCAAGGUCAUUUCUUGUUAGCAAAUUUGGACUCCAGGGGAAGGGAAAGAGAGGGAAAGAGAAAGAUAAAGCAAAGAAAAGAGCGGGACGACUAGGAAAGCUUCAGGAAUAUCGAGGAAGUGUAGCGUUACCGUGUAGAGUGAGAGUUUUGCCCGGUUGUUUUCGAUUCGCCUCCCCUGCCUUUGGCAAGGGACGACUUAUUUUGGUUUUGUUGUUUUUUGGCCAGUGAUAACCCUUGGCUUGCUUUCACGGUCAAUGUCGGUUUUGGUUUUUUCUUUUCUUAUUUUUAGAUUUGGGUUGUUUUAGUCGAGGGUUAUUUUAGCAUAUUUGUUUGUGCAUUGAGUAUGGGCUCCAUCCUUAGCUUCUGGAGAUAUCGUUUGCAUGCAUUGGUGGAGGGUCCUCCGAGAGUUAUGAUGGCCAUCUGAUUGGAGAUUGGCUUCCCUUAAGGCAUCUAGAGAUGCCGGUGAGGUUUCUCCCACUGCCUCCUGUUGUUGAGGCAUGGUUCUGGGUUAGUGGCUUCUUUUGGGUUUCCAUUCAUGGUUCUGAUGGUUUGCAUGUCUCUGGUGCUUUUGAUCUCAGCGAUGGUGGGUUUUGGGUUGAGGAUUGUUGGCGAAACUUGGCUGAUGGCGACUUUUAGUAGAUGCGAUGCUUGGCUUUGGCCGCGUGGAUUCAGUGCAAGUCCGUGUGGUGUAGUUUGCUGGGACUGAUUUGUUGGGUCUGGGUUGGUUUUGGGUUUUUCUCAUCAUGGGUUAGUUUGGUUUGUAUUCUGGUUUUAUUUGUGCACUGGUUUGAGCCUUUACUUCUUGUAUUUUUAGCUCUAUGGACAUGUAAAUGCAGAUCCAUGCAUGUUCAAAAAUUAAAAAAAAAGAUUCUCAUUCGUAUUUGAUUAGGACAACUUCUCGAUAGACGUUAUUAAAACGCCGCUAAUAUACCGUUUAACGUUCAUCGCACAUUGUCAGCACUUUUGGCAAUGAAAUUUAUCUCUGAAGCUAAUCGUAUUUAUCACCAUCGCCAAACACUGUUUUUCCUGCAGUUAUAUAAAUAAUUUUUAAUCCUUGAAUUGGCUUGAUGGGAUGAUUAAAACUUUCCAAGUGCUUUGUUCUUUCAAUUUUAUUUGCUCCCCAACAUACUCAUCAUUAAAAGCUCACUGAAACCUGACAUUUGGAGCGUUAUGUACAACUGUAUGCGAGACACAAUGCAGCAUCAGUGGACUCAUAUGUUUGUUUAGAUAUCCUUGGCUUCAGCUUUAUGUACUUUAAUUAAUGCAACAGAUAUACGUUUUCUAUGGACUGCUCUUUUUCACUCUUGAUUAUACGAAAUUUCCUUGAUCCUUCCUGUCAUAGUCUGUUGCCUAGCAAAGCAAAAAUUGGUGACAAGUACUAGGUUUUCGUCACAUAUCGAUUACAAUUAUAAAUACUCUACCUUGAGAAAAGGCAUUCACAUAGUGAGGAUGACACAGAAGAGAUGCAAGCAAGUAAUUCCAAGUGAUGUCCUUUUUGACAUACUUCUGUUUCUUCCUGCUAAAUCUCUUGUGCGGUUUAAGACUGUUUGCAAAGUCUGGUACUCUUACAUUACCAGUUCUUACUUCAUCAAGAAGCAACUAGAUGGUUACCAUCAGAAACUGGUGCUUUCAUCCUCUGAUUCUUUUCAACUUGUCGACUAUAAAGGGUCUCAAGUUGAAGCAAUGCAACUUGAUUUUCCUCUGGAAGAUAAGGAUGGUUUAAAGGACAUUAGCUCUUGCAAUGGUUUGUUAUGCAUAACUCUCAAGGAUGGAAAAAUAGUGUUAUGGAAUCCAUCUACAAGAGAGUUUAAGCAAGUUCAAUUGCCUCGCGACAGAGGAGAUUUUCGCUAUACUUUUGGAGGGUUUGGGUAUGAUAAUUCCCAUGAUGAUUACAAGAUUGUUGCACUUGGUCAUGGUAGGCAAAUUUUGUUAGGCACAACAGUUGAGAUUUUUUCUUUGAGAAAUAAUUCCUGGAAACAGAUGCCAAAUCUACCUUGGUAUAUAAUGUUUUUAGCAACUCCACAGCCAGGGAUUCUUGUACGUGGUGAUCAUCAAUCGCGGAAUCGGACUCUUUAUUGGCAAGUUGAUUAUGUUCAGAAGUAUGAACCAAUUAUUGGUAGAUAUAGUUAUCAUAAAGAUGACCAUAUUAAGGCCUUUCUUUGUUUAGAUUUGAUGAAAGAAGAGUUCUGUACGCUGACUAUGCCUGAUGAUAUAUGCAGCAAGGCUUCCAAAUUUGAACUGGGGAAUUUUGGAGGAUGCCUUUCUAUUUAUAAAUAUUCAGAUGAAGGCUAUGCUGAUAUCUGGGUUCAUGAGUUGAAGGAAGUUAAGAAGUGGACUGAGUUAAUAACCAUUCCACCAAUGAAGGAUCUGCUGCCUGAGAUGUUUGCACCUAUAUGUAUCAUGAACAAUGGAGAAGUUCUCCUGAAUUUGAAGGAAGAGAACAAGUUAUGUUUAUUCAACCCAGAAGACAAGGCAUUGAGAGCAUUUGAGAUUCAAACCUUGCUGCCUUUUGAUAGAGUUAUUAUGCAUACAGAAACUCUAGUUUCGCCAAAUGCAAUUAUUGAUGGUGAAGACCGAAGAUAAAUGAGCUAUUAGUUUUUCACAGUAAUUUAACCUUUUAAAUUUUUGUACUGUUAUUUUUGCCAAAUAUAAAAAUUUAGACAUUCUAAAUAAAAAUUAAAUGUAAUUGAUAAUUGAUAGCAAAUAGUUAUUACUGUUAGAUAUGACAAAUACCUGUAAUUUUAUAAGUUUUCU